AUGGCUAAAAAUACAUCAAGUUCUGCAUUCCGUAAAAUAGACAUCGAUCAAUAUAAUGAAGACAACUUCAAGGAAGAUGAAGCUGAAUCAUCGGGUCCCACAGGCCCCGACGAGGGAGAAAUCUCUCUUAAGCUAGUUCUAGGUAAUGCCCCCCUUGGAUCUUCAAGCCAACAAGUGAAGGAUAAUGCCCUAGCCAUUACACUAAAAGUAUUACUUGCAAUAAAGUCUGCACAAAUUGAGGAAGCUGUUGGAAACCUUUCCAGAGAUGACAUAGAUAUUCUAAUGAAAUAUAUCUAUAGAGGUUUUGAGUACCCAUCAGAAGGUUCCAGUGGACAUCUGCUACUGUGGCAUGAAAAAGCAUACAACAUUGGUGGCUCAGGUUCUAUUGUUAGAGUUCUUUCUGAUAGAAUGAGAGUU